AUGGCGAGCUUCAUGGCCAAUCUAUUCCCCGGAGGGAAGCCCGACAAGACCGACGCGCGCCCCUCCACACCGACGCGAAACAGCUUCGUCACCCCUGUCAGCACUCCACAAGGCAGCCCAAGCAAGAAGACGGUACCUCCCGGUGCCAAUGAGCUUCCUGUCGCUCUCCAGGGCAUGAAAAUUAAUCCGCCCAGUGCGUUCGACACUCCGGUGAAGCUAAGCCGACCGCAAAGUGUUGUUGCGCCACUGUCCCCCGGGAAGAGCAACCUGCAGGCCGCCGAGGAGAACUCCCCGACCGUCGACGACAGUAUCAUCCGCAAAGGCAUCCCUCGCACAGGUAGCCCUUUGAGAAACCAGGGACAGGAAAACACACAUCCCACACUCCCCCGAGACCCCUUCACCGAGCCGACAUAUCAGCCCAGCCAUGCCGCCGUAUCGCGCCAAGAACUGUACCAGCCGAGGGACCGGCCGCCGCCGACCGUCCGGCGAUUCAAUACAACUAGGGGUUUGACUGCUGAAGAACGUGAACUUCUGCAGAAGCCGGGGCGUAAAACGCUUGGUCAAUGUCACACAACUUUGAAGAAUAUCCAUCACCGCCGGAGACCGACGAGGAGACGUAUAACCAGAUGUGGUCAAAGUACACCGGGCCGAGAACGUGCCAAUCUCCGCAAGAGGCGGGUGCGGCUGCGGCACGCUGAUUUCCAGAUUUUGACCCAAGUCGGCCAAGGCGGGUACGGCCAGGUCUUCCUCGCACAAAAGAAAGAUACAAAGGAGGUAUGCGCGCUCAAGGUCAUGAGCAAGAAGCUGCUUUUCAAGCUAGACGAGGUCCGACACGUCCUAACGGAACGCGACAUUCUCACAACGGCCAAGAGCGAUUGGCUAGUCCGCCUGUUGUACUCUUUCCAAGACGACAAGAAUAUCUAUCUUGCCAUGGAAUACGUACCAGGCGGAGACUUCCGCACCCUCCUCAACAACACCGGCGUGCUGUCGAACCGGCACGCACGCUUCUACAUCGCCGAGAUGUUCUGCGCCGUCGAUGCUCUGCACCAGUUGGGCUACAUCCAUCGUGACCUCAAGCCAGAGAACUUCCUGGUUGACUCAACCGGACACGUCAAGCUCACCGACUUUGGCCUGGCGGCUGGCUUCUUGGCUCCUGCUAAGAUUGAGUCAAUGAGGAUCCGCCUGGAGAAAGCGUCCGAGACGUCGGUCCCGUUCGGCAAACCAAUGGACCAGCGCACAGUUGCCGAGCGUCGGGAAGGAUACCGCACCAUGAGGGAGAAGGACUAA